AUGUCAUGGCAUCCCCAGUACCGGAGCUCCAAGUUCCGCCACGUCUUUGGCAAACCAGCCAGCAAGGAGAAUUGCUACGACUCGGUGCCCAUCACCCACAGCGUCCACGACAAUCACUUCUGCGCCGUGAACCCCCGUUUCAUUGCAGUCGUGACCGAGUGCGCUGGUGGGGGAGCCUUCCUCGUCAUUCCCUUGAGCCAGACAGGAAAGUUGGACCCCCACUACCCAAAGGUCUGCGGGCACAAAGGGAACGUCUUAGACAUCAAGUGGAAUCCUUUUAAUGAUUUUGAGAUCGCCUCCUGUUCUGAAGAUACCACAAUUAAGAUCUGGGACAUCCCCACGCAGCUGCUGACGAAGAACCUCACAGUCUUCAGGAAGGAGCUGAUGGGCCAUGCCCGCAGGGUGGGCCUGGUGGAGUGGCACCCCACGGCCGCCAACAUCCUCUUCAGCUCUGGCUAUGACUACAAGGUGAUGGUCUGGAACCUGGACACAACGGACUCUGUAAUCAAUAACCCCGUGAGGACAAUUUGCUGCCACCAAGACGUGAUCCUUUCCAUGUCCUUCAACCCCAGUGGCAGCCUGCUGGCCACCACCUGUAAAGACCGCAAGAUUCGGAUUCUCGACCCCCGGGCAGGGACCGUCCUCCAGGACAACCUCUCCGUGCCUCUCUCAGAGGAGGACCUGGAUGGCUCCUCGGGUGUGCUGUUUCCCUUCUACGACGCAGACACCAGCAUGCUCUACGUGGUGGGGAAGGGAGAUGGAAACAUCCGCUACUAUGAAGUGAGUGCCGACAAACCUCACCUGAACUACCUGACGGAAUACCGCUCCUACAACCCCCAGAAGGGGAUUGGUGUCAUGCCAAAGAGAGGUCUCGACGUGUCCUCCUGCGAGAUCUUCCGCUUCUAUAAGCUGAUUACAACCAAAAACCUCAUCGAGCCUGUAUCCAUGAUUGUACCCCGGCGGUCGGAGUCUUACCAAGAGGACAUCUACCCACCCACGGCAGGAACCCAGCCCUCUCUGUCGGCCCAGGAGUGGCUCUGUGGGAUGAAUAAAGGGCCGGUCCUGGUGUCCCUAAGGCCAGGCUCCGAGGAGCUGAGCUCCCAGCCACCACUCCCAGAGAGACCCCCCUCCCUCAACCGGACAAAACAGUUGGUUUUAGGAGAUGGCCAGAGGCCCUUCUCCCUGCCGGAGGGGAAGAUGCCAAGGAGGGCAGCAGAACACAGGCUGGAAGAGAAGAAAACCCGGCUCACAAACCUCACAAACGGCUUUGACGUCUUCGAGUGUCCCCCACCAAAGACAGAGAACGAGCUGCUGCAGAUGUUUUAUCGGCAACAGGAGGAGAUCCGGAGGCUCCGGGAGCUGGUGACCCAGCGCGAGGUCCAGGCCAAACAGUUGGAACUGGAGAUCAAAAACUUGCGGAUGGGCUCAGAGAGGUUCUGAGCGGAGAUGUCUGCCCUCCUCGCCCUCAGGGACACCACUCGGCUCCAUGGGGAGGUCCAGAACCAAACCACAAGUCCCCCAACAACAACCACUAUUUCUAUAUUUUUUACCAGAAAAUGAAACUCUCGGUCGCUGGAAGAUUCUAGUGGGAGGGACGUGGUGCCGUUUUUCUAUUUGCCUUCUCAAAACAACACUGUC